AUGAAGAACGCUAGCCCAAGAGAGAGCUUGGAAGACUCGUUUGGUAUCUUCUCGCGGGGCUAAGCGGCGGCGGCGGCGGCAGUGGCAGUGAGGAACGAUGUCUCGCCAAGCGUCGAAGCUGGUCGGAUCCCUGGCCUCCAAGAUCUUCGCGAACCCCGCGCCCGUCGUCCCCUCCUCCCCGCUAUCCCGCCACUUCGCCGCGGCGCCCCCUGCGCCGGCGGUCUUUGUCGACAAGAACACCCGCGUCAUCUGCCAGGGCAUCACCGGCAAGAACGGCACCUUCCACAGCGAGCAGGCCAUCGAGUACGGCACCAAGAUGGUUGGUGGAGUGACACCCAAGAAAGGUGGAACAGAACACUUAGGUCUUCCAGUAUUCAAUACUGUUUCUGAAGCGAAGGCUGAAACAAAAGCUAAUGCAUCAGUUAUUUAUGUUCCCCCACCAUUUGCUGCUGCCGCAAUUAUGGAGGCAUUGGAAGCUGAGUUAGAUCUUGUUGUAUGCGUUACCGAAGGAAUUCCUCAGCAUGACAUGGUGCGAGUAAAAGCUGCACUUGACAAGCAGUCAAAAACUCGAUUGAUUGGACCUAAUUGCCCUGGCAUCAUCAAGCCUGGAGAAUGCAAAAUUGGAAUAAUGCCUGGAUAUAUCCACAAGCCAGGACGAGUUGGGAUUGUUUCUCGAUCUGGUACCUUGACUUAUGAAGCGGUCUUUCAAACAACUGCUGUUGGUCUAGGACAGUCCACUUGUGUAGGAAUUGGUGGAGACCCCUUCAAUGGAACAAAUUUUGUUGAUUGCCUAAGAAAAUUCCUUGAAGAUCCUCAGACUGAAGGUAUUGUUCUUAUAGGAGAGAUUGGAGGAACUGCAGAAGAGGAUGCUGCUGCACUAAUACAGGAAAGUAAAACUGAGAAGCCAGUUGUUGCAUUUAUAGCUGGACUUACAGCACCACCAGGUCGCCGUAUGGGUCAUGCUGGAGCUAUUGUGUCUGGUGGGAAGGGUACAGCACAAGAUAAAAUCAAAACCCUCCGAGAGGCAGGUGUAACGGUGGUAGAGUCCCCAGCCAAGAUCGGUGUAGCUAUGCUCGAUGUUUUUAAGCAACGGCGUCUUGUAGAUUAGAGGUCACACUAACUAAGCUGCGCAUCAUUGCUGCUUUAAGUGUUCUUAAUUUAAAUGUCUGGAUGUGCGGUCAACAGAGCCAUCAUCUCAAAUUUUUUUCCCCACACAGUUGUUAAUUUUGGUCAUUUGAUCGAUUGCUUUUUUUUCUUAUUUUUUUUUGCCGCAAGGUCUGUUCAAUAAUGACAAAACUGUACACACACCUUAUGUUUUGCUUCCGAAUUAAAUUUCCAGUAUUAAUGCUGUGUUC